AUGUACGUCCAGGAGGGCGAGCGAGGGAGAAGGGGGGGUGGGGGGUAUGGGAAAAAUAAAGAAGGGAAAAACGGGAAUGUGCACUGUCCGUCACAAUCCAACGGGCUCACACUCACACCUCAUUUAGGCCCCCUGGAUGUCUGGUGCCCAAUUUGGAGAUCCAAAGGAGCUCCGCCCGGUGGCGUUGGGCGAGGCUCCAUUUGGGAUCCGUCUCUACGACAGUCGCCCGGACGGAAGACCACCCGUGUCGGAGAAAAUGCUGAACCAGGUGAUCCCAGAGGAAGCCUCCUGCGAGAUGCAGGAAUAAGCUGGGUGGGCGGAGCCUCGCCGAGGGUGUCCUGGGCAGGCCCGCUGUCCGUGGCCCGGGGCUGUGUCACCCUCUGCUCCUUGGGUGGUUCCGGUCGACGAGGAAGGAAGAUCGGGGCAACCCGUGCUGGAGGGAUUGCAUCCCGAUCCACCUCAGGAGACCAAUCUGGAGCCACGGCGUCGGUGCUGGUAGCCACCGAGACCCGGGCGACGACCCGAGCCGGAGGGCUGCUAGCCCGUACCACCCCAGGAGCCCCGUCAGGGCCCGUAGGGUCAGUAUGGGUGCCCACCGAUACCCGGGUGGCGGUCUGGACCGGCAAGGACUGGGCCGGGCGUACCACCUCCGCGUUGACAGGGGGGUCGGCGAAGGCCGCGACGAUCAGAGCCUCGGCCUUCCCGAGGGUGUCCCCCAUCAGUCUGCGUCCCAGAUGUUUCUUGGCCCAUGUAGAGGCCAGCUGAAAAGCGGGUCUCCAAACCUCGUCAAUAAAACUGGUUAUCUUGUCCAA